UUUUGUAUUUUUAAAAAAAAACGGCCCCCCCCCCAAAAAAUAAAUAAAUAAGGGAACAUUUUUAAAUAUCGUGACAACAGCUUCCAUAUCGCACUGGGAUAAAUAAAUAUAUUUCUUUAUUUUUUUGGGGGGGUUAGUUGUAACACACAGUUCAACUCUUUAUAUACCGGACAACAAAGUUGAUUUAUAUAUCUGCUAUUUGGUUGUGGACCGUCGGUACCGAGAUGGCUUUCCUCAACGGACCUCGCUUGCUGAACUGGACCAGUUCGCCCCGGCACCUCCAGUUCAAUCGAUAUGUGCUCACCGGCUACCGGCCUGUGUCCUCCAUCAACGAGUGUGUCAAAAGCCUCUUCUAUCUUCACAACGAACUGGGGAACAUUUACACGCAUGGUAUCCCUCUGCUGUGCUUCCUGUUCCUGCUGCCUCUCAGUAUCCCGUGGGCUCAGAUCAGCGCGACCUGGCUGGGGAUUGUCCACUUCCUGGCCUGCCUGUCCCCUCAGCUGGGCUCGGUGCUCUACCACCUGUUCAUGAACCACGAGGGCGGCGCGCCCGUCUACCGCACCCUGCUCACCCUGGACAUGUGCGGGAUCUGCAUGGUCAACACGCUGGGAGCCCUCCCCAUCGUGUACACCACUCUGCUGUGCUACCCCUCCACCCGCACCGUGGCUCUUCUCUCCUACACCCUCCUCUCUUCCUACGCCAUCUACUGCGCCGUGUCAGCAACCAGCUGCUACCGCCGGCUGCAAGCCUUCGCCUGGCAGGCCCUGUUCAGGUUCCUGCUCUUCUACGCGCGCUGGGCGGGGCUGGGGGCCGGGAGCCCCACCGCCCUGCGCCACUUCCUCACCACGGACCUCCUGGCCCUCCUUGGGGGUCUCAUCAACAUCACAAGGGUCCCGGAGCGCUGGCGGCCCGGUCUCUUCGACUACUGGUGCAACAGCCACCAGAUUAUGCACGUGCUGGUGGUGGGGUCGAUCCUCUACCUGCACUGGGGGGUCCUGGAUGAUUUGCUGUGGAUUAGUAGCUACCGCUGCCCCCCCUGACUGAGGGAGAGACCAGGACGCUCCCCCCCCCCACCUCCUAGCCAGCUACUCUCUCACUUUCCCUAGUGUAUUGAUCUUAAUCCCCUUGCUUACCUCUCUCUCCCUACUUCUCCCACCUCCC